CAUGCUGGUUGUUCAGUAUUAAUCGUGAGGAAGUGCCAUCAUAUAAUGUUUGAUGGAGAUGGUCUGAAACAUCCUGUGAAUUAAAGUACCUGAAAAUUAAAGAAUGUGGAGAGCUAACCGUCACCUCCUUCCCCCGCAAUGGAAUAAGUUAUCACGGCAGUGCAAAUGGUCUGCUUUGAAGCGUGGUCUUUGUGCACUGAAAGAAGAGAGCAAGAAAUGCAACUCUUUAGAGGCUGCAAGUCAGCUGAAACCAGGUGACAGAAUACAUGGAUAUACAGUCAACAAGGUUGUGCCAGUACCUGAACUGUUCCUAGUGUCUGUCCAACUGACACACAAUAACACAGGAGCCCAGCAUUUACAUAUUGCUAGAGAUGAUGCCAAUAAUGUUUUUGGUGUUGCAUUCAGGACUACUCCAAUGGACAGCACAGGGGUUUCCCAUAUUCUGGAGCACACAGCUCUGUGUGGCUCACAGAGCUACCCAGUCAGGGAUCCAUUCUUCAAGAUGCUUAACAGAUCCCUCUCUACCUUCAUGAAUGCCUUCACAGCCAGUGACUUCACCAUGUAUCCUUUCUCAACUCAAAACCCAAAAGACUUUGAGAAUUUGCUCUCUGUUUACCUGGAUGCAGCCUUCUUUCCACAACUAAGAGAGCAAGAUUUCAGGCAAGAAGGUUGGCGGCUAGAGCCUGAAGAUUUGGCCAAUCCAGAUUCACCAUUGAUCUUUAAGGGAGUGGUUUUCAAUGAAAUGAAGGGUGCCAUGUCAACACCAGAGUCGUUAUUUGUUCAUCAUGCCCAAAGCAACUUAUUACCCAGUCACACAUAUAGCAACAAUAGUGGAGGGGAUCCACUGUGUAUUCCUGACCUCACAUGGCAACAGUUAAAAGAUUUUCAUGCCUCACACUAUCAUCCCAGUAACUCCAGGUUCUAUACUUAUGGAGACCUCCCCCUAGAGAAAAAUCUAGAAAAUAUUGAGACUAAAGUUUUACGCCAUUUUGACAAGAUCUCUGUAACAACAGACAUUCCACAUGAACCACGCUGGUUAAAACCUCGAGAAAAACAUGUAACCUGCCCUGUUGAUCCAAUGGCUGCAAAUCCUGACAAGCAAACUACAGUGGGACUACAUUAUUUAACAGGAAGAACCACAGAUGCAUUUGAUAAUUUCUCCAUGGUCAUUUUAUCUUCACUUUUAAUGAGUGGUCCAAACUCACCAUUCUACAAUUCCCUUAUCGCACCAAACAUUGGCUCAGAUUACUCACCAGGAGCAGGGUUUGAUAAUGGAACAAGAGAUGCUUCAUUUUCAAUUGGUCUUCAAGGCAUCAAGAAAGAUGACUACCCAAUGGUUGUUGAACAAAUUCACAAGACAUUUGAUCAAGUUAUUGAGGAAGGUUUUCCAUCUGAGAGGGUGGAAGCAGCUCUUCACAGGGUGGAGCUAGCAACAAAACAUCAGAGCAGUAACUUUGGACUGGGACUCAUUACGGGAAUAAUGUCAGCAUGGAAUCACGGUGCCGAUCCAUCAGAAUAUUUGCUGAUUAAUGACCAUGUACAGCUGUUUAAGGAAAAACUAGCAAACGGACCAUUUCUACAAGAAAAAGUGAAGGAGUGUUUUAAGGAUAACCCACAUUGCCUGACACUUGUUAUGAAUCCUGAUCCAGAGUAUGAGGCAGAACUGAACAAGAAAGAAAAAGAAAAGUUACAAAGUAAAGUUAGUUGUUUAUCUGAAGACGAUAAAAGGAACAUUUAUCAAAAAGGUAUUGAACUGGCUGAACAACAGAAUACUGUUGAAGAUGUGUCCUGUCUACCGAAGAUGGCGAUUUCUGAUAUUGAUUCUGAAGUUAAGCCAGUUAAGUUAGAACAUUAUAUAUCCGCUGGAGUCCCUGUGCAGUAUUGUGAACAACCCACCAAUGGGAUUACAUAUUUUCGUGCAAUUUCCAGCAUUACCGAUAUACCAGAGGAUUUACGGCAAUACCUGCCUCUCUUCUGCUUCAUUUUAACCAAAAUGGGUGCUGGUAACCUCAGCUACCGUGAACUGUCCCAGCUGAUAGAGAUGAGAACAGGAGGCAUGGGCCUAUCAACACACGUGUCCUCUCACCAUAGUGACAUGAAAGCGUUUGAACAGGGUCUUUCCUUUUCCUCUCACUGUCUUGACAAGAACCUCCCUCACAUGUUUUACUUGUGGGGAGAAAUAUUUUCCAGACCUACAUUAAACGACCUUGAACGUCUGCGCACGCUCAUUAAUAUGCUUGCCUCAGACUUGGCGAUGUCUGUUGCUCACUCGGGACACUUGUAUGCGAUGGCACUCGCCUCUAGUUCCCUGUCUCCCGCGGCACACCUCAGUGAGCAGUUUUCAGGACUUUCUCAGGUCCUGUUUAUGAAGAACAUGGCUGAAAUGGAGGACCUGACACCAAUUAUAGAGAAAUUCAGCUCCAUAGCAAUUGAGGUGUUGGAAGGUACACAAUUCAGAUGCGCAGUUAACACAACAGCUCAAGAACGACAAGCAGUGGAAAAUGCUUUGGAAGGUUUCUGUGAUUCGCUGUCCAGUAGUUUAUUCGAAGAGUCGUCUCAUGUUCAGCUCCCAGACUACACGCCAUCUACAGUGAAGACCCACUAUGAGGUACCUCUCCCAGUUAAUUACAUAAGCAGGUGCCUACCCACAGUGCCCUACACACAUGAGGACCAUCCUAAAUUAAGAAUUCUGGCCAAACUCCUCUCGGCGAAGUUUCUUCACCGCGAAAUAAGGGAGAAAGGUGGAGCGUAUGGCAGUGGUGCUAAGAUGGGAGGCGGUAUCUUCUCAUUCUACUCCUACAGAGAUCCUAAUUUCGAAGGUACGCUGUCAGCCUUUGAGGACUCCAUUCAGUGGGCGCUUGAGGGAAAGUUUACAGACCAAGACAUUGAGGAAGCAAAGCUUUCUGUUUUCGCCGAAGUCGACAAACCAGUAUCACCAAGCAACCGAGGCAUGCUGUACUUUACUCAAGGUGUGACAGAUGAAAUGCGCCAGGCAAACAGAGACCGGCUGUUUAACGUGACCAGGGAUGACGUCAUUCACGUGGCACGCACGUACUUGGCCUCCUCAGACGUUCCCAAUGCAGUAGCAGUGCUAGGGCCUGGAAACAACCUUACAGCCAAUGAUAGUUCGUGGAUUGUAAGAAGAGAAAACUUGAGCUGAUUUCGACAUCGCUGUAGGAUUACUGUGACAUAUUCUAAAUGGGCGUCCAUGAUUAAAGACCGCAACUGGAGAUCACUGUUGGCAACUAGGAUACACAUUCACUCGGGUCUCUGUUGGGUAUGGUGAAUGAGCGUUCGAAACCUAAGGAGGUGGUGCCAGGAGAGGAAUGGAAUUAUCGAUAAAAAGCCCCCCUUCCACCCUCCUACUCAUCAGCACACGUCGUGAACAAGAUUUAACCUGAGAAUGAAUGAAGCUUCUCUCAGAAACGUCGACGAGACAGAUUUGACUUGUUAUCCGUCUUCAAGCAAAUCUAGCUUGAAACAAUGUCCAAAUGCAGUUCGUAGACCAAUUCCUGAUUAUCCGCCACACAAGAAUUCUCCGUUUGGUGAUAAACGUGAUACCAGAUCAAGCCACCAUAACACGCCUGAUUAUUUGCUACUCUAACUUGAGAAACUGAAUUUGUUUCUAACCGUUCUGUCUUCUUCAAGAAAUAAAGUUGAAAAACGAGACGA